AGACAGAGAGAGACAGAGGGAGAGAGGGAGAGAGAGUGUGGAAUGCUGUGAUGUCAUCAGUGCAGCCCCAUACAAAGCCAUGAGUACUCUCUCCCGCAGCACUCUCAGGCUGUUGGAGCUGCCUCCUCCUGCACGGCGGGACACAUCUACGACCCAUUAUCUCCAGCUGAUGUCUGUCUGGUGACGGGGGUUUUGGAGGGGGGUGCAGAACAUGAGCCAUACACCGGUGGAUUUAUAGAGGGAGACGCGGUCCGAGGUGGAGAUUUCCGGGACUCUUUUUCCGAAACGAGGGAAUUCUUUUUGAGAGGGAAGAGGGGGACACCCCGGUGUCAGCGGCCCAAAGAUGCUGCAGCAGAUCCUGAAGGACAUGUACAUCGACCCGGACGUCCUGGAGGCCCUCAAUGAGGAGCAGAAGAAGAUCCUGUUCCUGAAGAUGAGGCAGGAGCAGGUGAGGAGGUGGAAGGAGUCUGAGGACAAGCUGGACCGAGAGGGACGCGCCAAGCCCAAACUGACCAAAGCCCACAGAAAGAGCGUCAGCUGGCUCCUGGGGAGGGACGGAGACGUGCAGGCCUACGUGAUCGGAGAAGCGGACGAAGUCGGGCCGGCGCCUCUCAUCUACUCCGAGCUGGGGAAAGAGAAGGGACCCGGCCUGCAGAACAACACACGACACCAAAGCAACGCCAUCAGGAGCAGCCUGGUCACCAACAGACCGAGCCCAGAGCCUGAGAACGUACCGUCGCAAACGCCACGGGUACAGCUGCAGUCUAAUGGAGUUCCACCAGCCUCCGGCUCCAUGCAGAAGCCUCCACAGCCUCAGAACUCAGAAGACGUGAAGUCAGAGUCUCAUUCGCCCCCUCUGCAGGUCCCGCGGUCGGAGCAGCCCAGCCCCUCUCCUGCGGCUCCAGAGAAGAAGGAGAAGGAGAAGGAGGAGGAGGAGGACUCAGUCCCGGACAGCCUGCAGGACUCGGGGCUGUACUACCGGUCGCACCUCAGCCGAGGCCCCGCGCCCUCCAUCACAGACCGGCUCCGCCCGGUGGAGUCUCUGCGCGCCGACCUGCAGUCCAGCGUGGACCGGCUGCGCCAGCAGGCCAGAGAAGCGGAGCAGGAAGGGGCGGAGCCUACGGGGGCGUUGAGCGACGGGGAACUCAGCCUGAGCCGCGGGCGUGUCGCCCAGCUGCUGAAGACCUUCGGCACGCCCAUCCCCAGGCAAAACACCCUGUCCCGCCGCAAACCGCCCCUCCCAAACAAGCCCACCCACCUGCUGUUCGCCUCCUCCAGCCCGAGAUAAUCCCUGGAGAGAGACGCUGGGCCCACCGCGACUCGCCCGCCCAGAGCCAAAAUGGCUACCAGCGGGAGCCGCCAUGCUGGCACGGGCCGCGGCUACGAGCUAACUGCUUAAGUUAUUACACGUUCCGUACUCGCUUUCUUCCCCCAUCUUUUUUUUAAACACAGCGGUAAAAUCAAAGAUUCAAGGUUGUUUUUUUUCCAAAGCUCAUUUCCUACCCUCCUUCUGCAUUAUUGUAAAUAUUCAAUUCAGAAUGGAAUGCCAAAAAAAAACACUAUUUUUUUGAUACUCUAAAUGUUUUUGUAAAUUUUGAUGGGACGUUUUUUUUAGCCCGCGGAUCCGACAGGGCAACACGGGAUCGCUUUUUCACCUUAACGUGCAAUAUUGGUGUGUCUGUGUACUGGGCUUUUUUUGGGUGAUGAUAAAACGGUGUUAGGGACGGGGAAUAACAGGUUAUCUGAGCGCUUUUCGGGGAGCGUGAAUCCGACGUUCCUUCCUUUUCCCGAACAGGAAGAAAUGCAGAUGGUCAUGUGACGACCAGCACGGAACUGUCCGAUUUGAGGAUAGAUUGCACCUGUCCUCUGACCUGGGAGGUUUGAAAGCAGGCAGUGAUACGGAGGAAGGAGAGAAGAAGGGAGGGAGGGAUGGAGAGAGAGAGGGGGAGGCACACAGGCAUGCAGACUUACAUUUCGUUUCAGGCCAAGAAAAUCUCAACCCUGCCAACAACAUUUUGCAGCUGACCUCACUUUAAGUAUUUGCCCCAAUCAUCCCCCCUGCCUGCUGACACCAGCACCCCAUGAAUGCCCCCGCUCUUCAAUGACCUCACAGGGUGGAGUUCCUGAGGCAACCCCCCCCCCCCCCCCACAGGCUGGUGGUUGAACCUUGACCAUCUUGGAGAAGACACAAGCAAAUUUGUUGGCCCUAAAAUAUUGCAGUCCCUAUUAAACAGAGAGAGCGGGACAGAUGUUGCAGAGAACAGCUGGACCCCACCCUGUUACCCACUCAUCCCAGACUACUGAAGCCAUACAGGGUAUCAAGGUAUUCUCCCGAGCAGGGUUCUCCCAGGCCCGCUGGGAAAACCAGACAACAUCCCAGGAAGGUUAAACCAGGGUCCUGACUACUCGUAAUCAUUCAACACCCCUAACUAUUCACUGUGGACAGUGUCCGAAUGGCGCAAUACAUCUCCGGGUCUUCGUCACCCAGCCCGCUGAGUCACUCUCGGUGUCUGCCCUCGCUGACGUGUGCUGAGGACUGAGGUACAUAACUGGCUGCACUUAUGAUUUUUUAUUUGUAUUUUUUUGGAAAGGCACUGUUUCCUGAUCUCACAGACCGCGUCUGGAACUUCAUUUAUUAAUUUAUUCCCUCCCGUUGGAAAGUGAAGCAGCAUCACAGCAGGAAAAUAAGGUUCAUUGGCAUCAUUAAUCGGAGGGGGUGUAGUUAGGAGAAUGAUUUCACCAUUAUUCGGGGCAUUUCUGACAUGAUUACAUAGUGGGCAGGCACAGCACUCGAUGAUCAAAGCUUAUGGGCUGGUUUACAGGCCUACUCCGUUGAACAACCAUCGCUGGACUUGGAUAACAUAACUCUGUUGUUGGCCGACGUAAACGUUCGGUCGCAAAAUGUAUAGAUGCACUCUAGUGACAGUCUUGUCAACUGUCAAUAAUUCAAGGAAGCGGCUACUUUUAUGUAAUGUCUGCUGAUUUACAAAAUCCAAAAUGCAGUUCCCACCAUAAUGAUCAAUGACACCGUUCAAAUGUGUGUCGUUCAAAACCUGUUCUUAGCCGAGGAACAAAAGCCUCAAUAAAUUAAAGCACAAUUUUGUGGAGCUGUGAGCGCACUCAAGCAAGAACUAAAGAAAACACCUCAAUUAACAGGCAGCUAUAACUGAAGUCUCUAAGAUUAGACUCAGGCUCUCAUUGCGAGUCCAUUUCAGCUGUAGUAAUUAAUCGCAUAUGCUACUGUUACUCAGAAAUCAUUUGUCUCUCAUAAUUUCUAACACUGAUUCACAUUUAGCUUCUGACAAUUUCAGUACUUAAUUCUGAGCCUUACGCAGUCGUCCAGUUCUUCUGAACCUGCCCACUAUUGUAGUUGUGGAUUGAGUUUGGCCAUAAGAAGUGAAAUGUUCUUCAUCUGUACCUUAGUUCUAUGGUCUGUUGUUCCUCCCUGUCACGGGUGCAUGCCAGAGUGUUCCAGUUUCCUGUCACAUGACCACAGUGUGCCAAAACUUCCUGUCACAUGACUGUUAUCUGCCAAGUCUUUCAUUUCUAGCUCAGUGAGCAUUAUACGGAUGGUCAAUGCCUUUUUUCUGGAGGACUGCUGAUGAUUCAUUCGAAGUGUUUAAAAAAAAAAAAAAGAUCAUGUUAUAUAUUUUAUUUUUUGGUUGACAUUUGGUUGCCGGUAACCCUUGAAGAGAUGUAUCAUAAGUGUCAUGAGUUGUAUGCUUGGUACACAGAGGGUGGCAAGGUGACCUUUGGCCUUGCAUGAUGCUCAGUGGAGAUAUUGUGGUACAAUAAAACAGGUGAAUCAGU